AAAGUAAGCAAGCAAGUUAGGGGUUUUAGGGAAUUGGGGCACCGCACUCACUGCCAGUCUGACUCAGUAGUUGUACCACUCAUUCCCUAGCUCCCUUCCACCCAACCUUCACGGCGGCCACUCUCCUCCGGUGACUGGACACUACUCAAGCUUCAAGCUUACUCAUUCAACUUCUCUCGCACAUCUAUUGAGCUCAGCCUCAUAACUCCAUUCCAUAAAGCGUGUUCCUCCGCCGCCACAACACAUCGUGUCGCCGCCGUCUAUUGGAUUGGUACACCAACAGUUUCUCAACUCUGAAGAAGAAUCUGAACUAAUUUGAAGAUGACUCGCGGGAUAAAACACCGUAUGAAAGCCAAGAGAAAGAACAAGGGUUCGAAGAAAGGGGAAGGGUCUUCUUCGGUGCCGCCGCAACAUCCGGUGAAGGUGUGGCAACCUGGUGUGGACAAGUUGGAGGAAGGUGAGGAACUCCAGUGUGAUCCUUCUGCUUACAACUCUCUUCAUGCCUUUCACAUCGGAUGGCCCUGUUUGAGCUUUGAUAUUGUACGAGACACUCUGGGUUUAGUUCGAACAGAAUUUCCCCACACAGUAUAUUUCAUGGCAGGGACUCAGGCGGAGAAAGCUUCCUGGAAUUCUAUUGGAAUAUUUAAAGUUUCAAAUAUUACUGGGAAGAGACGUGAGCUGGUGCCUAAACAUGAAGGUGAUGAGGAUGGCGAGGAUAGUGAUAGUGAAGAUGAUAGUGACGAUGAAGAUGAAAAUGGAGCUCGGGGUCCCACCUUGCAGUUGCGGAAGGUAACACACGAAGGAUGUGUCAACCGUAUACGCUCCCCAGUCUGA